AUGGUUGCCAAAGGAAGUUUCGCUACUCCUGCAGCGAAUGAAUCACAUCCGGCUCAUUCUCUAAAUGUAGGUACUGAUGAUCAAAUACAAUCAUUAUUGAAACUUACUCCAAUUAUUUUACCUAAUCAUCAAGAAUAUCAAACUGAAGAUAUUGUUAGAUUAAGACAGUCUUAUAAAUAUUUAUAUGUUAUUAAUUGGUUAUAUAAUUUUAGAGGGUUUAUCAAAUUACAAUCAGAAUUAUUUGAUGUUGAUUUAUUUGAAUUGGAAUUAUUAAAUUAUUUUCCUGAUCAUUAUGGUAAUUAUGAACUGAAUUCUCAACAACAACAACAACAAGUGUUGUUUAUACAUAAAUUAAAAAUUAAUUUGAUAUCAACACUACAAAAUUCAAAAUUAUCUUCAAUGAAUAACUUUGAAAAAAUUUUUAGAUUGUGGUUUGGAAAUGAAACUCCUUUAGGUGGGAAACAAGAAAAUGAGGAAGACGACGAAGAAGAAGAAGUUGGGGAAGUACACUACGUAGAUAAUGAUGAUGGGAAUGAACCUAAAUUUGAUGAAUUAAGAAUUGCAGACAAAUUUGAAAUUUUAUAUAUAAUUAUUUCUUAUAUUUCAAACUAUUCAAAGUUUAGAGAUUGGAUGGACAAAACAGGAUUAACGGUUGAACAAAUGAGAGUGAAUUCUGCAUUCCAAGUACCAGCCAAAAGAGCAGCGAAUGCUCAUUCCCAAGAUGAAUAUUUCUUAUUAUUUGAUGAUAAUAGACUUUAUAAGCGUACAAUCCACUAUAACUCAUUAAUAAUUCCUAAAAAAAGAAAAUUGGCUCCUGAAUAUCCAGAAGAUCGUUUCCCACCCGAAUCAUUUGAUAUUAAAGAAAAUGUUGAAUUUGAAUUGAUAUAUAAAAAUAUUUAUGAAUGCAAUGACUAUUUUAACUCGAUAAAGAAGUUGAAAAGUUUAAAACCAUUAUAUACCAAAGUUUUAAAAUCCACAGAUAAUUUAUUAAAUCAUGAAAUCAGAAAACGGAAAUUUAUACAAUCCAAGAGAAGAGAAAUCCAAUUAGUUAGUUUAUUAGCUACAAGAAAGAGAUCAUCUCGUUUGGAAGCAAAGGAAAAACAACGUCAAGAAGAAUUAGAAAAACAAAAAGAACAAGAAGAACUCGAAUUGAAGCUCGCAGCUGAAAAACGAAUGGAAAGAAGAAGACGAUUAAAGGAACAACAACAACAAUUAAACCAAGGGAUUUCAAAUGGGUUAAGUCGAGAAGAUCGAGCAAGGUUGAGAGCAUUGGAAAGAACUCCAAAUUUUACUCCAACUCCUGAAGUCAUCACCGUUGAAAAUUCCGAUGUUGAAAAUGAGCAUCAUGCCAAUAAUAAUGAAGUUGUGGAUUUGACAGAGUCUCCGGAAGCUCAUAAGGAGUCGGUAAUUGUUACUUUGCAUCCCUCUCAAGAUCAACCAUCUGAAAAGGAACACAAUAUAGAAGGCUUUUCAAAUUCUGUGGAGCAGCCAGCCGCCUCAAUUACAGUACCAGAGCAAACCGUCCAAUCGGAAACUAACUCAAUAGAUGCAACUUCACAAAGCAAUCAAGCUGCGACCGUACCUGACACAGCCUCACAUCAGUUGUCAGGAGAGGUUGAAUCAGCAACUAAAGAUCAGACAAUAGUUUCCCAAUCAGAAACACAGCCACAAGAAGCUUCCACACAAACACCCGUUAUAGAAAUUGUGGACCUGACUACCGGAUUGUCCGAUGAUCAUCAAAAUAAAUAA